AUGGGUUCGACAAUUGACGUUGCUUAUACCGUGUACCGCGGCACCUUCAUUCAAUCGAUUCUUCCGGAUUCCAGCUCCAAGCCUGAGUUGUCGCGCAAUCAAGGCGCAUUAUGGGUGUCUGCUGCUGACGGCCGCAUUAAAGGCUGGGACUGGCAAGCCCACGAUGACAAUGGGUUCGCUGAGUUCAUGAGUCGGAGUGGAUGGGUCGAUAUCGACGCCGUCGAGACACAGGGACACAUCAAUGGCUAUGAUUCGAAGAUUAGAGUGAAGGUGGUUACUGCAAAUGAGGAACAAAACGAAUUUUUCUUCCCUGGAUUCAUUGACACCCACAUCCACGCUCCGCAAUACCCCAAUGCAGGCCUUUUCGGCUCAACAACUCUUCUAGACUGGCUAGACACCUAUACUUUCCCAGUAGAAUCCGGCUUCGGAUCCCAACCAAACACCAAAACAGGGCACCAAACCCAAACAGACCCCAGAAACACACCUCUCAAAGCCCAGCAGAUCUACGACCAAGUAAUCGCCCGCACACUCUCAAACGGUACAACAUGCGCCUCCUACUUCGCAACAAUCCACAUCCCCGCCACAAACGCCCUAGCAACCCUCUGCCACAACCGCGGCCAGCGCGCCUUUAUCGGCCGCGUUUGCAUGGAUAACCCAGACUUCUGCCCAGACUACUACCGCGACCACAACGCCGAGGACUCAGUUACCGCAACGCGCCAAACAAUCGAGUACAUCCACACCCUAGACCCGGAAGGCAAACUCGUCAAACCAAUCGUCACCCCCCGCUUCGCACCCUCCUGCACCAGACCCGCACUCCAAAGCCUCGGCGAUCUAGCAGCAAGCUACACGCCCCCCCUCCACAUUCAGACCCACAUCUCAGAAAAUGAGAACGAAGUCGCCCUCGUCCACGACCUCUUCCCCGAAGGCUAUGCCGGCAUCUAUGACAAAUACAACCUGCUCACGCCGCGCACGAUUCUCGCGCACGCGAUCCAUCUCUCACCCGAGGAGCGGGCUCUUGUGCGCGCACGCGACGCAAAAGUCUCGCACUGUCCUGCGUCGAACUCCGCAUUGGGAUCGGGGAUUUGUCCCGUGAGAACACUGCUUGACGAAGGGAUUACCGUUGGGCUGGGAACGGAUGUGAGCGGUGGGUAUAGUCCUAGUAUCUUAGAGGCGGUGAGACAGGCUUGUCUGACCUCGCGGUUACUGGGACAUACGGGUGCAUGGAAACGGGAUCAUCCCGAUGGCGAGGGGUGUGGGAGGGAGAAGUUGUCUGUCCCUGAGAGCCUUUACCUUGCUACGCGGGGUGGGGCUGCAGUUGUUGACAUGGCGGGUGAGGUUGGUGGGUUUGAGGUGGGGAUGUUGUGGGAUGUGCAGUUGGUGCGGCUUGGGGGAGUUAGGGGGGUUGGGGAUAGUCCGCUAGAAAGUGUUUCUGGUGAUGGGAGUGCGGAUCUUGUGAAGGCUGGUCCUGUUGGGAAUGUUGAUUUGUUUGGAACAGAGACUUGGGAAGAGAAGAUUGAGAAAUGGGUUUGGAGUGGUGAUGAUCGCAAUGUGAAGGCUGUUUGGGUUGGAGGGAGGUUGGUGCAUACGAGGGGGUGA